AUGGCGGACGUCGAUCUGAAUGACAACGCCCAAGGUGGCCUCUGGGCUAUCUCUGUUAUUAUGCUUGUCAUCGCAACAGUUUCAGUGAUUAUUCGAACGUGGGCAGUUUUAUCCGACCCGUCUCGGAGGUUCGGUCUGGACGACUUGUUUGUGACUCUUUCGCUGCCUUUCUACGCUGGCGAGACUGCCAUGGUGUUCUGGUGGAUCAAAUUGGGCCUCGGUCGUCAUGAGGCGACCAUUUCACUCGAUGACUUGGCACAGGCUGGCAAGAUUGUGUUCGCGAGUGGCUUCCUGUUCAACACUGGGUUGGUUCUGCCCAAAUUCUCGGUUCUGUUCUUCUACCACCGCAUCUUCGGCAAGUCCCAUCAAUGGUUCUACAAUCUGAUCUGGGUGGCCGCCUCGUUGAAUCUGGCCUGGCUCAUCACCACCUAUUUCUGCGCUGCCUUCCAGUGCGACCCCCCCAAAGCAGCAUGGACAGCUGUUCCAGGGGCGAAGUGUAUCCCUAUCGGCCGAAUCUAUGUUGGCACCUCGGUCGUUAGCACCAUCAUCGACUUGGUCAUCAUUCUAAUGCCCGUGCCGAUGCUCGUGGGCUUGCAGGCGACCAAGACUCGACGAGCGCUUGUGCUCAUUGUGUUCCUCUGUGGCUACUGUGUCAUCGUUACUUCUCUCGGCCGCCUCGUCACAGUCGCCAAGGUCGGCGCAGGCCUGACCCAGGAUAUCACCUGGUCAGACGUGACCUAUAUCAAAUGGGUCCAAUGCGAAGGCGCCCUGUCGAUUGCAUCGGCUUGUCUGCCGAAUAUCAUGAGUUUUGGCCGCCGUCUCAAACAGCAUGGUGUGCGCGCUGCGGUUCGGGGGAAAUCCGCCUACGCAUCACAGGGGGCGUCGGCGCGACAUGACUUUCGAAAGAUCGGACCUAGCACUACAGAGGAGUCGGGGCCCAAGGAUCCAUAUGGGAGUGAUGAAGAGCUGAGGGUGUUGACGGCGCCUCAGCACGGAAUAGUGCAGACGCGCACCUUUCAAGUCAGCUGA